AUGGCAUUUUCUCUGGAGGACGAGGACGACCUGGCUUUCCAGGCGGCUCUGUCAUUUGCAGACGAGUGCAAGCUUGAUAAUGACGAGAUGGAAGACGUCGAAGCGUUUAGAAUUGGCGCCUUGGUGCAGUGUAACGAAGAAAGGGCCGCUAUAGCUCCAAGGGAAGCCACUGUUUCGACAAAGACUCGGAAUAUUGCAGGCUCGAAUCGGAGUCGACGCAUGGAGCUCAAUGAGCGCAAGAAGCUGCUGCGCAAGGCUGGCAUCUACGGAGAUGACAACUGGAUGAGCAAAGACAGCAGACUGGAGAUCGCGUAUCUCCGCGAAAGGAUCGAAAAACUUAAUCUCGACGUGCAGGUGUUGCAUACUCGUAAGGGCAGACAACGAGCAACUCUUCCGGUAUCGCAGAAUUCUACGAAUACCAUGAAUUUGGGAGUGCAGAUCCCGAAAGUAUGGGAAGAGAUCGCUGGUCGACAGCAACGUCGACUGAAAGCAGCGGAGCGUGAAAAUGCCCGCCUGAAACUGGCAGUGCAGCACCAGCGCAACAAGGCGACUUGCUUGAGUAACCUGAUGCAGAAGCGAGUUAGUCAUCUGACGACUGACUGCUCUACCUUUAUGGACUUCGCCUUCUCCAAUCAGCAUAGUGCUAGUGUGUUGAGUUCUCGUAGUGGUGGUGCAAGAGACUUCCCUCUCUUGUUCCGUCAUCUUGAGGCCGCUCGUCAAGAAGUGGAUGCAGUGUUUGCUUCCAAUGGCCUUGCAAACAUGGUGCUCACUCCCAAUGACGUUCAAAUUCGCGAAGGUGUGGACGGCAAAUACUUAGAAGCCUUUUCAAAUAAAGUGCUACCUUUCGGACUACGUGCUGCAACUGAGGCUACGUGGGACCAUUUCAAGGGAUCCGAAAAGCAUCUCGGCAAUGGAAAUAUCUACGAAAAGACAGCAAAGAGUCUCGACGACCCGUACACGAUCGUCGAGGAGUUUACGAAGGAGAUGCACUCGAAACACGCUCGGGCAGAUAUCAGGGCACAGCAGAUAGUCCGCCGCUAUGUAGAGCCCGACCGCGACAUUGUAAUCUGGGUCUCUAUUGCCGAGCCCGCAGAGAUCAAACACAAAAUGCUACGUGGACUCACUUACCAUCUUCGAGGCUACGCAAUGACCAAGCGGUCGGCCGCUUCAACCCCCGAAAAUGAGGUUUCCCAGCUGCAGUGCGUAUCGUUGAUCUCUCUCGAGCCUGAAGCUGAAGCGAUCUAUGGCUCCGAGACUGUACGCGCUGUCACCAAUUUCCUUAUUGUUAAUGCAGCCCAGAAGAUGCAGGCUCACCAGGACCGCAUCGAGAACGCCCUGGUCGACAACCAACUAAAGCGCCGCGGUUAUAACGACGAUUCUACUCGAUGCAAAGCUCCGGUGCAUCUGACGUCGCGUGAGGACAAGAUGCGACGACGCGUGGAGGUCAACGAGAAGAUCCGGGCAUUGCGCAAGGCAGGCGUCUACGCUGACUCGAACCGCGUGCGCAAUAAACGAACGCGCGAAAAUUGCUUUCCUUCGCGAUCUACUGGAAAAACUACAACUUGCAAGGAAGUGGACGCUGUGUUUGCCGUCAACGGUCUCGCUGACAUGGGGGAGACUUCGGACGACGUGCAUAUUCGAGAAGGUGGCGAUGGCACGUACGCCGAGGCAUUCUCGAACAAAGUCCUUCCCUUUGCGUUGCGUUCUGCGACUGAAGCAACAUGGGACCAUUUCAAAGGAUCAGAGAAGCACUGUGGCAAUGGCAAUAUCUACGAAAAAACAGCUAGACAGGAUCUGGACGAACCGUACACGAUCGUGGAAGCGUUUACGAAGGAAUAA